CGGUGACAUCGGCGUUCUAAACACCAGGCCGCCGAAAGAUAGUGGGUCCCGCGGAGUCAAGUACCUUACCCCACAGGAAAGGAACCGACCCCUGUCCCGACGCGCGAAUCCACCUGCCGCGGUCUCGGUUCGGGUCGAAAAUUGUUGUCCCCGCGUUCAUUCGGAGCAGUCUCGUCCCGUCUUGUUGGGGAAUCCAUUAUCACCUACUUACCUUGUCCGUCAAUCACGUUCAUAGCAUCAAAUCAUUACCUACCUUAACAUCCGUCGACAUCUUCCCACGUCCGCCGAACUGAUCACCGAAACAACAUCGACACCACACCACACACCAAACAACACCAACAAUGGCUGGCUCAGCUCUCCGCAAGGGCUACCUAGUCCUUUACAAUGCCGCCUCGGCCGUCGCCUGGGCCACGAUCCUCGGCCGCGUCGCGUCCGUCUACUUUGCCAAGGGCGCGCCCUUUGUACCGCUGGUCGUCGAUGACUUUGCUCGUGUUACGCAGACCUUUGCUGUCAUGGAGAUCUUCCAUGCUCUUACCGGCAUCGUCCCCGCCCCAAUUUUCACCACCGUCAUGCAAGUCGCCUCGCGCCUGAUGCUCGUCUGGGGUAUCUCGUACCCCUUCCCGCACCUCAACAGUUCGGCCUGGUACACCUCCAUGUUGACGGCCUGGUCCACCACCGAGGUGAUCCGGUACAGCUACUUUGCGCUCAAGCAGGUCGACUUCAUUCCUUACUGGCUGCACUGGCUGCGGUAUAGCGCCUUCCUGGUGCUGUACCCAAUGGGCAUCAGCUCCGAGGUGGCCAUGAUCUUCAAGGCGCUCGUGGGUCCGGCCGAUCAGCUCGCGACUUGGUACCCUUAUGCGCUGGUUGCUGUGCUGUUGUCGUAUAUCCCUGGCUCGGUGGUGCUGUAUAGCCACAUGUUGAGCCAGAGGAGGAAGCAGGUUGGUGGUGGUGCUAUCAAGGAGAAAAAGGAGAAGAAGAGGCAGUGAGGGGUUACAGAGUUUUAGACUACCUAGGCUGUGGUUGUUGUAAAGAGGAGGGGUUUGGCUUGGGCUGGACUGGCGUGCGACGUAUGCUCACAGCCUACCCGCCCCUGCUGUUGAAAUGUCGUGGUCACGGUAAAUGAUUUUUACAAGCCACUUGGACUGUGGAUUCUGCGGCCGAGCUAAUCGGGGGAAUAUACAUAAUACUUUCAAAGAGUUUCCGUGAUUUAAAGAUAAUGAUAGACGGAUUAUGAUGGGAAAAAAACGAAAUGACUUGGGCUAUUAGAUGGAAGGUUACGGUUAUUAGGGUGCGCUUCUAUGCGCGAAUGACAUCACCGUUACUGCUUUCAUACCAGUCGUUCCGCAACCACUUAACAAUCAUAUCUCUAGCAUCAUGCGCCA